CCUUGUUUGAGUUCCAAUCCUUCACUUGUUCACCACAAUUUUCUCUCUCAUCGCCUUCUUUUCAGCCCUUUUUCUUCCCCUUCUUCAAAAACCCGAAAUUUCCCAUGAAGCUCCUUCUUCUGUGACAAAUACCCACCUCUGCAAAACCCUCUAAAAACCCCACACCUGUAUAAAUUUAUCAUCUUUCUGCAACUUGUAAUUGCUGCAAAACAAAAUCCCAAAAAAAUUGAAAAAAACGGCUAAAAAUUUAUCACAACGGCGCGUUGUAUAAGCAGCAAAACCCAUAAGCUAGGCAGAGCUUCUGAAGCUUUAGCUAUGGCGGUUUCAUCACAUGCUUUCCCUUUUAAGGCCGUUUAUUUCCCGCCCUUUUUCUGGGUUUGUCCUCAUUCUCGCUCUUCUUCAAUGGCGGCUUCUCUUCGUCCUCGUUUCUAUGCUUCAAGUAGUGUUAAUGAAUGGAAGGAGCCUCGACAUCUUCGGAGUCGACACGGGGUUUCUUAUGAUGAUCAAUUUUUUGCCAGAUGUGAGCCAAAACAGCCUGAAGUAAAGUUUUCUUCGGGGCAAUGUGCUGAAUUGAUCAGAUAUAAUGCCUCCUCACUUCCUGCUACUUAUCUAGGGACAUCGUCGAGGCCAAGGAGAUCUGGAGAAUCUGCCCAACCAAGGGCGGUGAGCCACCCUGGCAAAAACUUUUGGCGUCAAGAGGCUAUGCAUGUAAAGAAGAGUAAAAUGGGCUUUAGACAAGGUGUGGAAGAAAUAUCACUAUCCAAAGAAGCCAGAGAGGAUUGCAAUCGUAGCUCUGUAAACGAGAGAAUCAAUGUGAAUUCUGAUAUGACUGGAUUCUCAUCUGCUACUGUAUCCCAUCGUUUUGCAACCCUUACUGCUGAUCUAGAAGCAAAGAAUGAUCAAAUUGGUGACGAAAUGCAUGAAUCUGAUGAUGUUGCUAGAAAAUCCCUUUGCGCUAAUGGCUUAUUGUCAAGAAAAGAUUCAGGUGAUAAACUAUUAUCUAAAGAAAGUAGUAAAGGGAGUCUGAAGUCUGCUAUGGAGAGUGAUCAAUUGCUCAGGAAGUCGAAAACGACUGUGUCUCCCGAUAAACUGUUGUCUAAAGAAAUAAAUAAUGGGAGUCUGAAGUAUGCUGUGGAGAGUUAUCAAUUGCCCAGGAAGUCAAAAACGAGUGUGUCUCCCAGUAAACUGUUAUCUACAGAAAGGAUUAAUGGGAGUCUGAAGUCUGCUACAGAGAGUGAUCAAUUACUUGGGAAGUCUAGAAUGAUUGUGUCUCCCGAUGAACUUUUAUCUAAAGAAAGAAAUAAUGGGAGUCUGAAGUCUGCUGUGGAGAGUAAUCAAUUACCCAGGACGUUGAAAACGACUGUGUCUACCAGCAAACUGUUAUCUAAAGAAAGGGUUAAUUGGAUUAAUAAGUCUGCUGUAGAGAGUAAUCAAUCGUCCAGGAAGUCAGAAGUGACUGUGUCUGCCAGUGGCUUAUCAUCGUUGAAAGAGUUGGAUGAAAGCCCAUCACUUCAGGAAACAGAAGUCUUAUACGGGAAUUCUGAUCAGCUUAAAAUUCUUGCUGAUGCACAAACGGAUGAACAACAUGAACUUCGGAUGAGGCUAUGCAACAUCUUUGGCGAAGUUCUUGUAGUUGAUAAUAUCACCCUUGCUAGAAAAGUCGUGCAUAUGCUUACACACGAGUACAGGCAUCACGUACAUGCCUGUGAUACCGAGGUGUCCAAGAUUGACGUGAAGCAGGAGACGCCUGUAGAUCACGGUGAGAUAAUCUGCUUCAGUAUUUAUUCUGGAAAAGACGUGGAUUAUGGAAAUGGAAAAACUUGUAUAUGGGUCGAUGUGCUUGAUGGUGGUGGUAAGGAUCUUUUGGCGGAAUUUGCUCAGUUCUUUGAAGAUCCGUCAAUAAAAAAGGUGUGGCACAAUUACAGCUUUGAUUGUCAUGUUGUAGAAAACUAUGGGAUCAAACUGUCUGGGUUCCAUGCUGAUACAAUGCACAUGGCACGAUUGUGGGAUUCUUCGAGACGGACUGAUGGUGGGUACUCUCUUGAAGCUCUUACAAGUAAUCCAAAUGUCAUGUUUGAGAAUGGGGCUUGCCACGAUGAAGAUCUGAUGGGAAAAAUUUCAAUGAAAACCAUAUUUGGGAGGAGAAAGAUGAAAAAAGAUGGGUCUUUAGGGAAAACUGUUACUCUUCCUUCGGUUGAGGAGUUGCAAAGAGAAGAAAGAAAACCAUGGAUAUGCUAUUCUUCUUUAGAUUCCAUGAGUACUCUGAAGCUAUAUGAUAGUUUGAAAUCAAAGCUAUCAAAAAUGCCAUGGAUAAUGAAUGGUAAAUACAAGGGGAGUAUGCUUGAUUUUUAUGAGAACUAUUGGCAGCCAUUUGGAAAAAUUCUUGUGCAAAUGGAAACAGAAGGAAUGCUAGUUGACCGAGCAUAUCUCUCAGAGGUGGAGAAGGUGGCUAUUGCUCAACAACAAGUCGCUGCUGAUCGCUUCCGAAACUGGACUUCUAAGUACUGCCCUGAAGCUAGGUAUAUGAAUGUAGGCAGUGAUGCGCAAUUGAGAACACUCCUUUUUGGUGGCAUUUGCAACAGGAAGGAUCAUAAUCAGUUUCUCCCUACAGUGAAAAAGUUUAGGGUUCCAAAUGUUGAAAAUGUGAUUGAAGAAGGAAAGAAAACUCCGAAAAAGUAUCGUGACAUUACAUUGCAUAAAAUUGGUUCUAAUCUACAAACUGACUUUUAUACACUAAGCGGUUGGCCUUCCGUUAGUGGAGAUGCCUUAAAAGCUAUUGCCGGGAAGGUCUCUGUUGAAUAUGAUUUUUCAAAUGAUGCUUCUGAGCCCCCAUUGGAAGAUGAUCCACAAAUCUCGGAAAAUAAAAAUGUCGAUAUUUCUGCUUAUGGAACGGCUUAUGCUGCUUUUGGAGGAGGGCAUGAAGGCAUGGAGGCCUGUCAUGCUAUUGCUUCUUUGUGUGAAAUUUGCUCUAUCGAUUCAUUAAUAUCCAACUUCAUUCUUCCUCUGCAGGGAAGUCAUGUUUCUGGGAGGAAUGGACGUAUUCAUUGCUCAUUGAACAUAAAUACAGAAACCGGCCGCUUGUCUGCUAGGAGACCGAAUUUACAGAAUCAACCUGCUUUAGAAAAGGACCGAUAUAAGAUCCGCCAAGCAUUUGUUGCUGCCCCUGGCAACUCGCUUAUUGUUGCUGAUUAUGGACAGCUGGAACUUAGGAUUCUUGCGCACCUUGCUGACUGCAAGAGUAUGAAAGAAGCAUUUGAAGCUGGUGGAGAUUUCCAUUCAAGAACUGCAAUGAAUAUGUAUCCGUAUAUUCGGGAAGCUGUUCAACAGAAAGAAGUAAUUCUUGAAUGGCAUCCUCAACCUGGUGAAGAAAAGCCUCCUGUUCCUCUUCUCAAGGAUGCUUUUGGUUCAGAAAGGAGGAAAGCGAAAAUGCUCAAUUUUUCCAUCGCGUAUGGGAAAACUCCAAUGGGUCUUGCCAAGGACUGGAAGGUUUCUGUUAGAGAAGCAAGGGAAACUGUUGAUUUAUGGUAUAAAGAACGCCAGGAGGUUCUGAGAUGGCAAGAAGCACGGAAAAAAGAAGCUGCAAAAAUAGGUUGUGUUCACACCUUAUUAGGCAGAGCUCGUCGCUUUCCUUCAAUGGCUCAUGCUUCUCCCCCACAAAGGAGUCACAUUGAACGUGCUGCUAUCAACACACCAGUGCAGGGAAGUGCUGCUGAUGUUGCCAUGUGUGCCAUGCUGGAGAUAGACAGAAGCAAUCGUUUGAAAGAGCUAGGUUGGAAGCUUCUUCUGCAGGUUCAUGAUGAAGUGAUACUAGAGGGACCUUCCGAAUCAGCAGAAGAAGCAAAGGCUUUAGUAGUUGAAUACAUGUCCAAACCUUUUGAUGGGAGAAACAUUCUUACAGUCGAGCUUGCUGUUGAUGCAAAAUGCGCUCAAAAUUGGUAUGCUGCCAAAUAAGCGAGCUAUCUGUUUUUAUCUGUCACUUGGUUUUAUGGUUCCAAACACCCAAAUACCAACCUAAUUCACUCGGGCAGCCGGUUCAUUGUAUACAAUGCUGCAAUGAGGGCCAUUUUCUGUGUUAGUUGGCCCUGUGGUAUUUCAUGAAGUGGUUGGCAUGGCAGUCGGAGAAUCACUCAGUUGAUCUUCCAGUUUUGUUGCUUUUCGCUGCCAUGAAAUUGGGUGUUAUCGAAAGUUGUAUAGUCUGGAAAAGCAGAGAAUGGGGAGAGAUUGUAAAAUUGGCUUGUGUCAUAAGAUAUAAGAACUGCGUUUGCAGUUAGUAUGUAAUGUCAUUGGUGUGUAAAAAAAAUAGUAAGGCUUGGCCUUUCCCUAGUUUCGAGCUUCCACUGCAUAAUACGCGACAGUCGGGUAUAUUAUUAAUGGCAAUCAAGUUUCAUCGAAGCUAAAGCUAUGAUACUUCAAGCGCGAGGCCAAGAGCUAGUUUAGUAGGCAUUGUCAUACUGUUUAGUAUUCAGUAUUAGCUAAAGAUAUGUAAAUAUUUUUGUAAAAAAAAUUUCUUGUUAAUGUUGUUCUUGAAUAGUCUUGUUUUCUCUAUUUGAUGGAGUUUAUUCAUUA